UCGUAAAUACUAAAAAUGUGAUAUUGCAUUAAUGAUAACGUGCCGAUGUGUCGUGCGACGUGCGUGUCUGUUCUGUAGGCGGUUGACUUAGAUCUGUAAAUUGGGUGAAAGUGGUUCGUUCUUCGUUAGAAAAAGGCAAAAUGUCUUUGAACGUGCAGCUGUGAGCAUUCUUUUUACCCCAAACUAGUUUGUAGUGUUCCCAGAAAACUUGCAUCACCACAGUUAUGAUCACUGAACGCCAGAAAAAUACAGCCGUCCACUGGUUGUCGCCAUCGACGUUUGGUCUAUGUUAUAUUGUAGUUGUGUUAUUUACGAUAUUGGACGACGUCAAUGGCCAAGCACAGCCAAUACCUGCUCAAGAACAGCAGCCGCCACCGGCUCAGCCCACGGCGCCAUGGUAUGAAACCUUACCAGCCGUCGCGAUGGAUUAUAAAGUAAUCAUUGACCCGGGCAAAGAGGAUUGUUAUUUUCAAUUCGUCAACCCUGGAGCAACUUUUUACGCAAGCGCUCAAGUAUUAAGAGGUGGUGACGGGAUGGCUGGUUUUGCCGUCAGACAUCCCAAUGGACAGAUUGUUCAUCCGUAUCAGUGGAAAGCUAGUUCUGAUUACCAAGACCAAGAGUCCACAGGAGGUUACUACAGUGUUUGUAUAGAUAAUCAGUUUUCAAAGUUUGCUGCCAAAUUAGUAAAUUUGUACAUCACUGUCAUUAGGUAUGAUAAAUGGGAUGAAUACCAUAAAGAAAUAGAAGAUAUGAAUGUCGGUGUAGAAAAUUUUACUUCUACCGUGAAAUCAGUUGAAAAUAACAUAAAUCACAUGUUGCAACAUCAACACCAUGUUCGCAGUCAAGAAAAUCGUGAUUAUAAUUUAUUGGUUGAUAACAAAACAUAUGUGAAUAGAUGGUCUAUAAUGCAAAUUUUGUUGAUAAUAGGAACAACUACUUUACAAGUUUAUUUUGUUCGUAAAUUGUUUGAAACUAAGGCUGGAAAGUCAAAAACAAGGGCUUAAAAAGAAAAUCAUAUUUGUGUGUGUGUGUGUAUAAUACUAUGUUAUUUUAUGUCAUUCCUCUUUUUUAUUAAAAAUAAUGUAUCUUUUUAUAAAAUAAUAACAUCAUAUAUUAUAUUAUAUUU